AUGACUCAGCCUGAGCCCAUGGCCAAGAGCCUCUCUGAGGGCGCUCGCAAGCUCCAGCCAACAGAGAUCGGACCCCCUCCUGGCUGCAGCAGCAGAGACUGUGAGCUGCGGGAUUUAGACAGUCUUUGCCUGGGCAGUUCUGAGAUUCCUUCUGUAGGUGAUGCCCUCUGCUGCUGCUGCCAGAGACUUCGAGUUUCCCAGCUCAGCUUUGUGCGGCUGUACAGGGACAGCCACGUAACUGAUCAAGAAUGGGAUUCCUAUGCCACCACGAUGAAGUUGGCAUUCACACCCAAAAGAGGAGCCAUGACUGCUUCGAUUCGUCAUAAAGGUAACCGAAGAUUAGGAUUCACGUACUCACUUAGUGAUCCUCUGAAUCAGACACUGUACAAAGAUGAGUACGUUUGGAAAUCCCCUUCUAAUGACAGUGUGUUAACAAAGACAGAUCAAUCUCAACCUGAUAAGGACUUUAUUAAGUGGACCCUCCCUAAAGGACGUCUGAGAACAAAAACAACACCUUGCCCCCCGCCUAGGACAAUCCCAAUAUCCAUGGAGAAUGUGAAGAGGGCAAUAUCCAAUCAGUUUCUUUCCCAAACUAAGAGAGACUUUGUGGAUGUUUUUAAAGCUCAGAGCAUGAAGGAAAGUCGCCCAGUGAUUCUGGAUUGGAAAAAGCACCUUCCCCGACCUCUAGAUACUGAGUUUCGAAGGAGUUACCAAACUCCAGCUAAAAUUCCAGAGCUGCAGGAUUUUAGUUUCCAGUAUGGAUGUUACUCGCGCCUGCGCAUUGCUUCUCAGGGUCUAGUCCCUACCAUGCUGCACAGCUACCUUAAUAAUGAACAACGCAUAAAGAAGCAGACAUCCUACCAGCGUGACUAUGGGAAAGCCUACCUGGACUUCUUGAUGAUGUUAAACUCCUUUUCUCCCUCUCAAGUCAGUGAGUACCUGCAAAGUGUUUCCAAAAAAGAUAGACGAAUUCUUGAACGCUUUAUUCAUUCGCACUGUCACCCUGGUAAGAAAAAUCAUGGAAACCAAAGGAAGAUUAUCAGCACAUCCAUGGACGCUCCAGAACCUAUCUAG